UUAUUACCUUUGUCUUUUGCUUCCAUUACUUCUCCAUCCACUAAAUGCUCUUUGCCUUCCCUUCUCUCCUGUUAUCUUUUGUUACUGAAUUUGUGCAGCUCUCCUUCUCUUUCUCUCCCCGUUUCUUCAAUUAGGGUUUCCUCUUUCAGGCCUCACCUCCUGUAAUUAGUAAACCUGUGCAACUUCCAGUUUCACAGCCACAGAAUAAUUAGCCAACUCUCUCUUGGAAGAAACAAACAGCAGCUCUAGAAAGAGCUACUUCAAGGGAAAAGGUACUUCCCUUUUAUAUUUAUCUCAUCAUCAGGGAAACUUAAAUCACCAACAGUGAAAAUGGCUUCAUCCAGCUCUUACAAUUCCCCUUGUGCUGCCUGCAAGUUCUUGAGGAGGAAAUGUAUGUCUGGUUGUGUCUUCGCACCUUACUUCCCACCUGAGGAGCCGCAGAAAUUUGCCAAUGUUCACAAGAUCUUUGGUGCUAGCAAUGUGACUAAGCUCCUUAAUGAGCUCCUUCCUCACCAAAGAGAGGAUGCUGUGAAUUCCCUUGCUUACGAAGCAGAAGCAAGAGUAAGGGAUCCAGUUUAUGGGUGUGUUGGUGCCAUCUCAUUCCUCCAGAGACAGGUGCAAAGGCUCCAGAAGGAACUAGAUGCGGCUAAUGCCGAUUUGAUCCGUUUUGCCUGUAAUGAAAUCCCAACAGCCCUGCCUGUACCAUCCGGGGUGAGUUCGAUUCAACCUAUGCUCCCUCGCCAGAGGCCACUUGAGUUUACUAGAAGAAUUAACGAAGGAGAAGGCUUAUACCAGCCUCCUGCUUACUCUCAUCCUUAUAUUAGUCCUUGGAGUGAUAUUCCUUCAGGGGGUUUCAACGAUGGAGGAGGAGAAGGCAAAAAUAUGUGAAAUUAUAAGACUCUUUCAAUGGUAAAAACCCAUCAAGGGGACAGGACCUGAGGAUCAUGAUCUCAUUGGUAUGGUACCAUAUAUUUGGUUGAGACUUCUAGCUAGAUUGAGUGCAUUUGGAUUCUUCUAGCUAGAUCAGUUUGAAUUUAUGUUAGCAAUUUAUUUGGCAGAUCCAGUAUUUAUCAUCCUAAAGACAUGGGUUUUUAGCAUGGAGUCAGUGUUUUUAAUGUGGGAUCUGAAAACCUAAGCCAAAUAAGGCUUUAGAACAUAGUGUGUGGCUACUAUAGCUUUUUCUUGUGUCAACUGCGCAGCUCCAACCAUGUGCAUGCGGAGUUGGUGUCCUUUGUGUCAUUGUUAAUUAAUGCUUAAGAAUAAAAUUUUUCACUAAUUAAGUAAAGAGGAUUCUUUAGCCUAAGUCUACGGCUUAGUCCUCCUUUACAUAUCUAUUAUAUA